AUGGCUGGCAAACUAAUGCAUGCAGUUCAAUAUUCUGGCUAUGGUGGUGGAGCUCAGGCCUUAAAGCACGUGAAGGUUCCUGUUCCUGAGCCAAAGGUAGAUGAAGUGUUGAUAAAAGUUGAAGCAGCGACAUUAAACCCCGUUGAUUGGAAGAUACAAAAGGGUGUCCUUAGACCUUUCUUACCUCGCAACUUCCCUACAAUACCAGGAACUGAUAUUGCCGGAGAGGUAGUCCAGGUCGGAUCUCACGUAAACAAGUUCAAAGUUGGUGACAAGGUUGUGGCCGCUGUUAUGGUUGCUAAUUCAGGAGCGCUAACAGAGUACGCCAUAGCAAAAGAGAGCCUGACAGUAGCAAGACCACCAGAGGUAUCUGCACCAUCAGGAGCAGGCCUUUUUAGUUCUUCCCUUACAGCUUAUCAGGCUCUUACAAAAUCUGCCAACAUCAAGCUCGACGGAACAGAUGAAAAAAAGAACAUCCUCGUCACAGCCGCAUCAGGGGGUGUUGGCCACUACGUAGUCCAGUUAGCAAAACUCGGAAACACCCACAUAACCGCCACAUGUGGGGCCCGCAACCUAGACUUUGUCAAGAGCUUAGGCGCUGACGAAGUCCUUGACUAUAAGACUCCGGAAGGGGCCGCCUUAACAAGCCCAUCAGGAAAAAAGUAUGAUUUUGUGAUACAUUGUACAUCAGGAAUAAAAUGGGAGAGUUUUGAACCAAAUUUGAGUGAAACAGGAAAAGUCAUAGAUUUGACUCCAAGUUUAAGUGGUAUGCUUACAUUUGCUAUAAAUAAGUUGACAUUUUCCAAGAAACAAUUGGUUCCUAUGAUUUUGAGCCCAAAUGCAGAGGACAUUGAAUAUAUUAUGGAUUUGGUUAAAGAAGGAAAGGUUAAAACAAUGAUUGACUCAAAACAUAGUUUGAGUAAAGCUGAAGAAGCUUGGGAUAGGAUCAUCAGUGGACAUGCUACAGGGAAGAUUAUAAUUGUGCCUUGA